UUUGGCUUGUCACGCGUAACAUUAGCCUACAAAAAGCACCGUCAUUAAAAUUUCAAAUAAUAUAAUAAUUAUAGUUAUAUUUUUGUGCCGUUGGCUUACUUUCAACAAGUAACAUGAGUUCCAUUGGCACUGGUUAUGAUUUAUCUGCUUCCCAAUUUUCUCCCGAUGGACGAGUUUUUCAAGUUGAGUACGCUAUGAAAGCAGUAGAAAAUAGUGGUACAGUGAUUGGACUGAAAGGUAGUGAUGGGGUUGUGUUAGCUGCUGAAAAGUUAAUCCUGUCAAAAUUACAUGAACCCAGCACUAACCAAAGAAUUUUUAAUAUUGAUCGUCACAUUGGAAUGGCAUUUUCAGGUUUAAUUGCAGAUGCUCGCCAGAUUGUGCAGAUAGCUCGGAGGGAAGCAGCUGAAUACAGACAGCAGUACAAUGUCAGUAUUCCCUUAAAAUACUUGAAUGAGAGAGUCAGCAUGUAUAUGCACGCAUACACUUUGUAUAGUGCAAUUCGUCCAUAUGGAUGUAGUGUAAUUUUAGCUAGCUAUGAAAAUGGAGAACCAAGCAUGUACACCAUUGAUCCAUCUGGAGUGAGCUAUGGUUAUCAUGGAUGUGCCACCGGAAAGGCAAAGCAAUCAGCAAAAACCGAAAUUGAAAAAUUGAAGUUGGGUACAAUGACUUGCAAAGAAAUAGUAAAAGAAGCUGCCAAAAUAAUUUAUUUGGUACAUGAUGAGUUGAAAGAUAAAAAUUUUGAGCUGGAGUUAUCGUGGGUAUGCAAGGAUAGCAAUGGGUACCAUGAAAGAGUGCCUGGUCAUGUCUUUUUCGAGGCUGAGAAAGCCGCUAAGCAAGCAAUGGAGGCUGAUUCUGAAUCAGAUACAGAAGAUAUGUAACUUUUUUAUAACUUAAUUUUGUUUUCUACGCCUCUUAUCAUAAUAAAAUCAGUU